AUGGUAUCAUCCACAGCGUUAACUUUUGUCAUUUCACCAGGGGAAAAGAGUUGUUUCUAUGCUGAUGUUGAUGGUCAAGGGGAGAAAGUUGGAUUCUACUUUGCAGUUCAAUCUGGUGGAUCAUUCGAAAUAGAUUAUGCUAUCAUGAACCCCGACGAUGUGGUCUUAUUACAAGGUACCAAUGAACGUCAAGGGGACUAUAUAUUUACUGCUAAUAAGAUCGGCGAAUACACAUUUUGUUUCGAAAAUGAAGCUUCCAUCUCUGACAAACUUAUCGAUCUUGAUAUCAUGGUGGAAUCAGAACCAAGACGAACACUUUCAGCCCAACAAUUACCGUUCAAAGACCAUACUAGCGCAUUAGAAGAGAGUACUCAUAAAUUAGGAGGGUUGUUAAAUUCCAUCGCUCGGACGCAAAAACAUUAUCAUACUCGUCAUCAUCGGAAUUACUCGACUGUCCAAUCUACCCAAAGUAGGAUAUUUUGGUUUACAGUAUUAGAAAGCAUUGUCAUUGUUGUCAGUUCAUUAUUGCAAGUUUGGAUCCUCAAGACAUUCUUCUCCAGAGGUUCAAGACGAUUCAAAGUUUAA